UGUCGGGUGAAUUCCACSGCUGAUACCUGCCAGUGAGCGUGCUGUGGGUCUGUGGUGGUUCCUGGAGCCUSRGCGGCCGCAGCUCCUCAUGUCCGGGUCCCAGUGCGCGCGGCUGGGCGGGCCGCUGGUCCGCCAGCUGCUGGACUCCGUGGACAGCGUGCUGUUCGACUGCGACGGCGUGAUCUGGCGGGGGGACCAGGCCAUCCCCGGGGCCGCCCGGGUCAUCAGCCUGCUCAAGCAGCGCGGCAAGAGGGUCGUCUUCGUCACCAACAACAGCACCAAGACCCGCAGGAUGUACGCCGACAAGCUGUCCUCKCUGGGCUUCCACGCCGCGGAGGACGACGUGUUCGGAACCGCGUUCUGCUGCGCCGCGUACCUGCGGUCGGAGUGCGGGCUGCGGGGCAAAGUUUACCUGGUGGGGAGCGACGCCAUGCGGCAGGAGCUGGAGGCCCUGGGCAUCCAGGCGGUCGGCGUGGGGCCGGACCCGGUGUCCGGGAAGCAGCUGGACUGGGCCAGCGUGCCUCUGGACCCGGAGGUCCAGGCGGUGGUGGUCGGGUUCGACGAACACUUCAGCUACAUGAAGCUGAACCGAGCCAUGCAGUACCUGACCCAGAAGGACUGCCUGUUUGUCGGAACCAACAGGGACACCAGGCUGCCUCUGGAGGGGGGCAAGGCGGUUCCAGGUACGGGCUGCCUGCUGCAGGCCGUGGAAACGGCCGCCCAGCGCCAGGCCCAGACGGUGGGCAAACCCAGCCGCUUCAUGUUUGAGUGCGUGGCGCGGCGGUUCGGGCUGCGGCCGGAGCGCUGCCUGAUGGUCGGCGACCGGCUGGACACCGACAUCCUGCUGGGCUCCGCCUGCGGCCUGAAGACRCUGCUGACCCUGACCGGGGUCAGCACCGCCGCCGAGGCCGCCGCCCACCGCGACAGCGGCAGCGCCGAGCGCCGCGCCAUGGUGCCCGACUAUUACGUGGAGAGCAUCGCCGACCUGCUGCCGGCGCUGCAGGGAGAAGACGAGCCGCCGCUUUGAAGGGAAUAUUUUAUCACUCGGCUUCMAGCUGCAGAUGAAACGUUUAGAAAAAUGAAUAUUUAUUGAACUGUCACCAUGUUGAGACAGAUAAUCUGUGGAGUUCCU